GGACCAGGAGGAUCUGUGCUGAAAAUGAGAGAUACAAUUUGGGAUGGGCAAAGACAAUCAAUGGUAAUUGAACAUGAUUUUUUUGUUUUAGAUAAAAAGUCAAACAAAUCAAUUAAUCUUCUAGGGGAGCCUAAAGGAAUUGAGUGGGUAUUAAAGGAAAGAGGUCUGUGGCAAGAAAAUAUGGUGCUUGAUUGUCAAGCAUGUUCAAAGAAAGAACCAAAUCCUGAUAAUAUAGGUUGUUGUGCAAGAAUUGGAAAAAGAUGGUUUGUUUUAAGGUCAACUAAAUUGGCAUAUUAUAAAAGUGAAAAGGUCACUCCUCAACGUACAUAUUAUGUUCAAGCAGAAAGUAAAAAAAUGCUUGAAGCAAUAAAUAAGGUUAAAAAAGAAGUACAAGAAGAAGAAUUAUCAGAUAAAGGAGGUCAUGCAGAUAUAGCAAUUAACAUUCCAAAUUCACAAAAGAAGCAACAACAAACAUUUGAUAAUAUAGAAGGACCACAUUCCCAUCUUUCUGUUACUUCUGAGGAAGAAAAUGAUAUGAUGGAUGCAACUAAUGAUGAAAAUGAUGAAAUUAAUGAAGUUAUUACACCUGGAAGAACUUAUAUAUGUUGUGCUCCGAAUGAUGAAACACAAGUUGCACGGUUAGCAGCUAUACAAGUUGCUUUAAAUAAAAGAAAAAAACAAAGAUACAACAGCUGGACAGAAUACAAUUAA